AUGUCUCCACAAGCACACAAGCAAAUAAUCAUCCUCAGUCAUAAUGUCAGUUUCCAACUUUCUAAUCAUCAUCACAGUCCAAUGACGUCUGAAUACCGUGGCACCGAUUAUAGUCAUCCAGUGGCACUUAGACACGAGCCGUACAAGUCAGCUAGGAGCGAGGCAAUGGAGAAGCCGGUCCUCGCGUGUUCGAGCGAGCGACACAUUUCCAAGCCCACGAGUUCCGACUGCCGCCAAGUGUGCUCGCUUUUGGCAGGAGUGCACGGGGGAAUGCCGGCCCGGCCGGAGCGAUUGAUGGGGGCCACAGAGAAGGGCGACCGAGGGUCUUCCAGGACGCUUGCGACGGAGUGCGGGGAAGUCGGCGAAGUGCUCGACGGCUUGGUCCGGACAAUACUCAGUCAGCACACCUCCCAGUCUAACUCGAUUCGCUCGAAGCAGGCCCUCGACGAGCACUUCGGAACGGGCAACUACCACGCCAUCCGGCUCGCCUCCGUUUCUGCUAUCACCGCCAUCCUUCAAAACGCCCGUGUCGGUCUCGCUGCUAAGAAAUCUAGCACUAUCCAUGCUCUCCUUAACCACAUCUAUCUCAACCUUAACCCCGAAUUGAGCCUCGAAUUUCUUCGCUGCCUCUCCGAUUCCGAGGCCAUGGAAAUCUUGACUUCGUUCAAGGGCGUCGGGGCUAAGACUGCAAGUUGUGUGAUGUUGUUCUGUCUCGGCAGGAACUUCUUCCCGGUUGACACACAUGUGUUUCGGAUCACCAAAGCCUUGGGCUGGCUGCCUCCCUCCGCAACCAGAGAGAGCGCCUUCAAACAUCUCGACCAGGCUGUCCCUGACCAGCUCAAGUACGCUUUGCACAUCCUCCUUUUCCAACACGCCCAAAAAUGUCUUGUCUGUAAACAUAUUGCCUCUAAGCCCCCUCAACCCAUUCUUACUUCAAUUGGUGAUGCCAAGCCAAUCAUCACCAAAAGGAGGCCCAUAAAGCAAUCUGUUGGGCCAAUCAUUAAUUGUCCGUUGACUGAAUUGUUCACAAAAGUUCAAGUUGCAGCAGCACAAAGAAAGUGUUAG